ACUGUCUGGUCUUGCCAUCUAAUGGCCGCCAAGCCCCAUGGCUGAGGCUUCCUCUAAGACGACCUCUGAGGAAGACCAGAGCAUCCAAGAGCCCAAAGAGGCCAACUCCACGACCUGAAGAAGACGAGGCCUCAGGUUCCCCGGCAGAGGCCAUGCCAACCGGGCCGCAGGGACAGCUUCGACAGCUUUGUCACUUAUUUCCCAGGUGCUGAAGCAGGUUCACCAGGGCCUCAGCCUUUCCCCGGAGUCCGUGAGUGUCAUGGAUUCUAUGGUCCAUGACAUAUUGGACCGCAUCGCCACCGAGGCUGGCCGCUCUGCUCCGCUACGCCAAGCGUGUGACCAUCACCUCCCGGACAUCCAGGUGGCCGUGGCGCUACUGCUGCCGGGGAAGAUGGGCAAGCUCGCUGAGGCCCUACCUAAUGCCGCCCUCAGAACUUCAUUAUGUGCGAUAUGGCAACAGAGAAAGUGA